AUGAUUCCCGCUCAUGCACUCGUAAACACUAUCCAAUUGGGCAAACCGAAGCGUUCUGGUGCACCCAAAAGUCGCAGUGGCUGUAACUCAUGUAAACGAAUGCACUUGAGAUGCGAUGAGGCGAAACCAACAUGCAUUCGAUGCCAAAGGUCCCAACGGCUCUGCCAAUACGGAGAGGCCGAACGAAAAUCAAUUCAAGCUCUCACACAAACAAAAGUUCUCUUACCAAAGCAAGGGCCCAGGAGUCAUGAAGAGCCUAGGAGUCAUGAAGAGCCUUUAGGUCCACCUCUUCUGAUUCAACCUCGAUCUUCCAGUCUAGAACCCCAUGAAGUGCCCUACUUUGAUCUCUUUCGUUAUCAAAUGGCCCAUGACUUUGGUUACACCCCUUGCACCCUGUUUUGGAACAAAGUCAUACCCCGAGAGGCUAUGAACGAUGACUGUGUACGAUUCUCUGUCCUUAGUGUCGGCGCGCUCAUGCAAUCCCUUUAUCGUCUUGGUCCAAGGCCAUAUACUGGUCUUAAGCCUUUCUCAGACCUUUCCAGAGCAUCUAGCGACCCCACGUAUCGCAUCGCUCUGCAUUACCACUCAAAAGCGAUCUCUGCCCUGCAAGCACGAAUCAAGUCCAACUUCGCCACUGUUUCCCGACGCAAUACUCUUAUCAACAUGUUCAUUCUUUUUCUCUUCGAGCUGAUGCACGGGAACACAAAAACAGCUGAUCGGAUGCUUACAAGUAGUGUUGAACUUCUACGACAGAAGAAAGAUCAAUUGGCAGAAGAGGUCAGUGCUGGGUUUGAACCACAGCCAGAACCUGUCUACACAGCAAUCUCCAACGACGAGGGAUUAGAUCAGGCUGAACGGAUUCUUCCCCGUUUGCAGGUCUUCUUUAGCUUGAACUCUUGCUUUUUUCCUUUGCAGAGAGACUGCUGGUCGCGCUUCUCUGCCCAAGCAAUACCCUGCACGGUCCCUUCAGCACAAACAGACUUCAACCAGUUUGCCGCUAUGUGGAACAGCUUCAUCACUCGAGCUGUAAUCUUCGUGGUCAAGACUUUGCAGGAUCGUUCAUACUGCAAUUCAUUCCACAGAGCGUCUUUGAUGGCACGUCGAGACAUAUUCCUCAAGCAACUUCGACAAUGGGAGAUGGUCAUUAUCGAGAGACUCAAUAUUGAAACAGAUGCGGUUGCUAAGAAUACAACCAAGGCAUUUCACGUUGGACAAAAGGUUGUUUACAUCUUGUUGAACUGUUGUCUUGAUCCUAUGGAGACAGAGUACGAUAAGUACGACAACGUCUUUGCCGACAUUAUGGAAAUGAUGCACUCUGUCGGGAGCACUUCGAGCCCAUCAACACGAAUUGAGACAGUCUUGGACAUCUACGUGCUUCCUGUCCUCAACUUUGUGUCACAAAAGUGCAGGAACCAGGCGAUCCGAUUGGACUCUCUGGACCUGUUCGAAAGAAUGACAUCCACCAUGGGCGGUUGGGAGACCAGAGCCAGUUUAUUAGCGCGCCGACGUCUUAUGACGAUUGAGGAAGAUGGUCGAGAUGAGAACGGUGUUAUUCCUGCGGGCUCUAGAUACAUAUGGACUGAUAUAUCCUGGGAUAAAGAUCAGUCUUAUCUAGAUGUCUACUUUCAUGAGGCUGGGUACAGAACUCUUUGCAACAAAGUGGUGGAGGUCAAGAUUUAUUUAGAAUAG